CGUACAAAGCUGCAACCACGGUACAAGUUAAAAAAAAAACCAUCAGCAAAAUAAUAUAACGUCUAUCGGUCUAUCGCAUCGUGAAAAUAACCCAAAUCACUUUUUGAUUUUUUAAAACCAUUUUUAUUAAUUUUACUACUUUCUUGGAUCUUUUUCUAUGCAUUUUCUUCGUGUUUAAGCGCCAACGCCAGCUAAUAGUGUAAAUUCAAAUCAUGGCAUUAAAUCCACAAUACGAAGCCAUCGGUAAAGGAUUCGUUGAACAAUAUUAUCUAAUGUUCGAUGACGCGGCCCAGAGGGCCUCGUUAGUGACAAUGUACAACCCAGAAACAUCAUUUAUGUCAUUUGAAGGCGUUCCACUUCAGGGUGCAAAUAAAAUAAUGGAAAAAUUUAAUAGCUUAUCAUUUCAAAAAAUUUCUCGAGAUAUAACUUCUGUGGACUCUCAACCCAUGUUCGAUGGAGGUAUUUUAAUAAACGUCUUGGGUCGUCUACAGUGUGAUGAAGAUCCAGUUCAUCAGUUCAAUCAAGUAUUUGUGCUGAAACCAGCUGGUAAUAGUUUCUAUUGUGCUCAUGAUAUAUUCCGCUUAGGAAUUCACAACACCUUGUGAAAUAAUAUAUUAAAAUAUUAUGUUUUUUAUAAUUUUUAUGUUGUUUAUAAUCGAUUGGCUGGAAUGAAAAAGCAUGUUUUUAGUAUCACAGUGAAUAGCUCAAAACUGUAAUGCCUUCGCUAUAAUUAAUAUAUAUCAACAUUUGAUACCUUAACACACA